CGGGAUUAGUGGGGAACUUCUUCAUGAGAAUCAACGCUCAAGUCUUAAAAUAUUCUCACUGAGAGCUCUCAUGGCCUGUCUCAGCAGAUCUGGCAGAGAUAUAUGCUAACAACUCGUCUCGAAAGCCAACUCACGUUAUUUGAGUUUGAUGCGUCAUGACGCCAAGGAUUGCGAAGCAUGGUAUAAAAACCACUGACGGGAGUACCGUUGUUCCUUCAUUCCCCAAAAAUGACGGACUUGAAUGAACCGGAGGCCAAACUUGAGGCUCUCUUGAGCAUCAUCAAUUCCUCUGCACGCCAAGCAAUCGCAGAAUACAAGAACACAGGACAUGGAGUCCCUAGUGCAGACGCAACCACCUUCCACCCUCUCGAUUCGGCGACAGAUACAAUUGCCCUCAAAAAGGCAAUUAGGCUGCUCGAAGGUGCAUAUCACCAAUUGAGCGCAAUACUGGCUCCCCCCCAACACUCAGUCAUGAAUUUGCAGAUGUUUUGGACAAACAUCCAGAAGGUCUUAGCAGUCGAUAGGCUGGCUGAAGCAGUCAACCUCGAUAAGACCAAGACUGCGCGCAUCUUACGGGCUUUAUCGCUCAUGGGUUGCUUUAAAGAGGUUGAACGGGACGUCUUCGCAAACACUCGGCUAUCCCUCAUACUCAAGUCAACAAACAACGCUGGAUGUUUUGCAGGACUUCAUGCUCAGGACAUCUCGAAAUACGCUGCAGUUCUCUAUGAGACACCCCGAGUAUUGGCCUUCAGGAAGGUGGGUAUGAAGGGUAGCUACUGGGAUGCGAUCAAGGAUGAUGAUGAGAAACGAGAGCGAUUUCAUAGGAGCAUGCUUGGCCAAAAUGAGAUGAUGGGCGGUUCUGCAAUUCUGCAUCACUAUCCUUGGGAUAAUAUUUCAUCUGUGGUGGAUGUCGGAUGUGGCAUUGGGACAUUUUCUACUCCUCUGGCGAGAAUGUUCCCUCAUCUCAAAAUAACUGAUCAGGAUCUCCCGGAAGUUCUUCUGGAGGCGCAAGGUGUAUGGAAGAAGAAUGCUCCCGAAGCACUGCUAAACGGGCGCGUGGAGUUCGUGCCACUCAAUUUUCUCGAGGGCGUACCUGUUACUGGGAAGGAUGUUUAUUAUUUAAGGCACGUUAUCCACGACUGGCAGGAUCGCGAGGCAACGACGAUCCUUCGUAACAUUCGCAAGGUCAUGGGACCAAACAGCCGAGUGUUAAUUCAUGAUUGCGUGCUCUUACGCGCAGUGCAGGAACCCGGAUUUGGAACUGACGGGUUAAGCACCGCCCCUGAACCUAUAUUACCGAACUUUGGGGCAGGCGCUCACAGACCGUACCAAAUGGACAUUACGAUGUGGCUUGUUCACAAUGCCAAGGAACGAACCCUGGACGAAGUGAAGAUCCUCGGGGCCUCUGUUGGCUUAGCACUCACCCAGGUUUAUGAUCUUGUGGAUACAAUGGUCAUGGAGUUCAGAAUUGCUUAGAACUGA